CACCACAUGCAGGUGAGUGUAAGGAUGCGGCUCUAAGCUCGGUUGAACCUCAGUCGUACGUUGGUGUCGCUGCCAGACAGGUUGUUUGUAGUGCACCUUCCCACUCUUGUUUACAAUGAUUUUUUAAAUCUUCUUGUUGGAAGUGAAAUCAGGCAAUCAACAUGGAAGGGAAUUGUGAAAAAUCGGUUAACAAUGACGGACCUGAAGUCAAGUUGAAGGGGAGGGCUUUGCUGAUUUACGAUUUGAAACAACGUCGAUUGAUUCCGACUAAAAUCCUCUUCUUCGUCGUCCUAUCCAGUAUUGGAGUUUUGUUGCCGUACAUGACCAUCCACAUGAAAUCUCUUGGCAUCAGCGUCGAAGAAACGGCCAUCAUUUACGGAGUGUUUCCCCUGUUUUCCAUUCUCGCCCCCUACACGAUGGGCAUCAUAGCCGAUAAGUUGGGAAACUUUAAGGUGUUACUUUGCGUCACCAUGUUGAUGGCCAUGGCCAACGCACUCUUGUUCCUUGUCAUUCCAACUGGCAGGUUCAUUGAAAAAUACCCGGCCAAUUUGUCGUUGGCCGUUGGAUGCGGUGGUGAAGGUGGACGAUUGAUGCUGACAGAUCUCGACUCGAAAACGUGCGGAUUCCGGAAUUCCGUAGAGGGGAAUCUUUCCUUGACGGUAACGGAAUGCGGUUACGUUUGCUACGAUGAUAUUCAUCAAAAGAGUCAAUUGAAACAAGAUGAAGAUCAGUCCUCUUCGCUUCCGGCUGAUUGGCCGUCGCCUGAUCAACCCCACAAGAAAUUCCGGCACGGAAUAUUUUUCCGGGAUAACUGGGGACUUGAAAUCACCUGUUCUCCAGGGCCCUCACCCUUGACUCCGACCAACUGCAGUCUCAACCGGAACGAAUCUCCAGCUCGGAUUAACUCUACAACCAAAUUCCAUCACGUAACAAUCCGGUUAAAUAAAGACACGGCAGAUAGCGGCCAAUUUCCCAUAGAGCGGACGCUUUUCAACGGAGCUUUCCCGUUAAGCGAUGGACUCCAGUGCAGCAACAGUUACGAUCAACCAAUCAAAUUAAUCCAACCGCUGGUGUUCACCUUGAACGGGACACUGAAAUUAGGUGAUGAUGGAACGCUAUCCGCUUGGACAUCGCCGGAAGGAAGUUCUAAUUCGGAUCGGGUCGUUUAUCGGACCUGCCGUUCCCAGUGCCUCGUGCAAACCAAGCGAAAGAAUCUUUGUGGUGACGACGCCAAUGUCAUCGUCUACGAUCCGCAAUUGACCUUUUGGCUUUACUUGUUGCUCCGUCUAUUUUUCGCCAUCCUGUUGGGCGGGUCCAUGGUCCUUUUUGAAGGGGCGUGUUUGGCUGUUGUCAUCCAGUACAAAGGAGAUUUAGGACUCCAGCGGAUGUUUGGCAUUUUAGGUACGAUGAUCUUUUGUCCAGUCUCAGGAGCUUUGAUUGAUUAUUACAGUAUCAAUCAGGAUAUACCCGAUUACAGACCUGCCUUUUACCUGUACGCCGUGUUGGUCGGAUCGGCCGCUUUCGGGGUGUUAACGGUCGAUUUGGAUUUCCGACCUCCGGCCAAAGAAUUAUUAAAAGAUAUCAAAUCGAUUUUAGCCAAUGUUGAACUUUUGGUUUUCUUCGUCGUCAUUUUCACUUCUGGUCUAUUUUGGGGCUACAUUGAGAGUUACCUGUUUUGGUUCCUAGAAGAAAUGGGCGGCACAAAGUCCUUGAUGGGAUUAACGGUCACCGUUUCUUCCUUAUUCGGUAUUCCGGCUCUCAUCUUAUCGGACGUCAUCUUUCGCCGGAUCGGCCAUCCCAACGUCCAAAUAAUCGGAUUCGCCUUCUACGUCAUCCGGUUAAUAGGUUAUUCGUACAUUUACAAUCCUUACAUGUGCCUCAUUUACGAGGCCCUGGAGGCCAUUACGACGUCGCUGAUGAUGACGUCAGCCGUGGCCUAUUCCGCCCAACUGAGCACUCCGUCCACCCUGGCAACUAUUCAGGGAAUGGUGGGAGGAACUUACUACGGAAUCGGUCGAGGACUUGGCAGUUUUGUGGGCGGAUUUCUAAUGAAAUUCUACGGGACCCGAUCAACAUUUCGAAUCCUGGGCGCGGCCGCUUUCUUUGUUGGCUUGAAUUAUUUUUUCUUCAACUUAUUCUACAUUCGUCGUAAACGUCUGAAUAAGGAGAAGGUGGACAAGAAGACGCCGGACGAGCUGAAGCCCGACAUCAUUGGUAAACCAGACGCUGAUUCUUCCCAGGGACUGAACAAUCCAGUUUUCGUACCGGAUGAUGAUGACGUGACAAAAGCUGCGAAUAAAAAGGGCAAGUUCUAACAACUAAAAACUGACAUUGUAACGUGCGCAAAAACUCUCCUUUAUGUUUAUUAUCCUUUUUUAAAAAGAAAUACUGUUCCGGCCAAAUGACAUAUCCGCUAUUCGUUAUAUUAUGCAACCAAAUUUGUUUUUUUUUGCCAUUCAGUAAAUUCAACAGAAUUCAUUUCCCCUUUUGAAAAUUGUACAAUGUACAUUAAACGACAAUAUUUUUGGUUUUUGAUUGAGAAAAA